CACACAUCCGCGAAUAACGACUGCAUCCCUUCAUUCCGCUUCUCCUGCUUCGACAAAUUGAAGAGCGCUGUCCCCGACUCUUCAACACAAGAUGUCGAAAGUUAUCCUCUCCAUCAACGCCGGCUCGUCGAGCGUCAAAGUCUCCGUCUUCUCCUACGCCGACAAAGAGCCCAAACAGCUCGCCGAGAUCCAGAUCUCCGGUCUAACUGCACCGCCCGCUAAACUCACCUACUCUCGAGGCGAUGAGAAUGUAAAAGAUCAAGAGCUAUCGGACAUUAAAAACUCGCAAGAUGCCUACGAAUACAUCCUCAAACACCUCAUCGACGACAAGGGCCUGUCAGAACUCAACUCCCCCGACGACAUCGAGUUCGCCUGCCACCGCGUCGUGCACGGCGGCGACUACUCCAAACCCACCCGCAUAGACAAAGACACCUACCACCACCUCGAAGCCCUCUCCGACCUAGCACCACUGCACAAUGCCGGCGCCCUCGAAAUCGUCAAAGCAGUGCACGCCAAAUGCCCCAACACGACCAACGUCGCCUUCUUCGACUCCGCCUACCACCAAACCAUCCCCCCCGAAGCCUACACCUACGCCAUCGACCCCAAGCGCGCAGCGAAGAACAAGCUGCGCAAGUACGGCUUCCACGGCCUGUCGUACGCCUUCAUCCUCAAGGCCUGCGUUUGGCACUUGCGCUCGUGGGAGAAUGAGACGAACCUCAUCGCAUUACAUCUCGGUUCUGGCGCGAGCAUCUGCUGCAUCAAGGGGGGUAAGAGCGUCGAUACGUCGAUGGGCUUGACGCCGCUCGCGGGCCUACCGGGCGCGACACGCAGCGGCGAUGUAGACCCGAGUCUGAUCUUCCACUUUACGCACGAGGCCGGCAAGCCGGCGCCGGGGAGCACGAAGGAGCUGCACAUUACGCAAGCGGAGCAGAUCCUCAACAAAGAGUCCGGGUGGAAAGCGAUGACGGGCACGACGGAUUUCGGGGAGAUUACAAAGCGCGCCUUCGAGGGCGACGCGGCGUGCAAGCUCGCGUUUGACGUGUUUGUCGAUCGCAUUGUGGGCUACAUUGGCUCGUACUUUGUCAAGUUGAAUGGAGACGUCAAUGCGGUGGUGUUUGCCGGCGGGAUUGGGGAGAAGGGGUGGCAGUUGCGCGAGGCGGUGAGUGCCAAGAUCAAGUUUUUGGGCUUCUCGCCGGAUCUGAAGGGCAAUGAGAACCCGGGCAAGGGCACGGUGGUGGAUGUGGGGAAUCCGGGGGCGGAGCAUCGCUUGUUGCUGUGCCGGACGGAUGAGCAGUUGGAGAUGGCGCGGGAGUGCUUGGAGGUUGCAGACGAGAUAAGGAAAAGAUAGAGCUGAG